UGAAAGGAUGCUAUUCAAGGCAGUGGGCAUGGUCUGUGCUAUCUGUCUUCGCCAUCACGUCUUCCUUCUCUGUCAGCAACCCCUCGCAACCUGUUAAUUUACGACUUCCUCCUACAUUGCAGCCCCCAUGGACGCUGUGUGGAGCGAUGAGCUGCGCACGCCUUACAGUCCAACGACAUAAAACUACUCGUUUUAAGAUACCUAGGAUAGGCUCCAGCACUCCCACGACCCUUGUGAGGAUAAGUGGUUCAGAAAAUAGAUGGACGUAUUGCAGUCAAUCUCAAGAAAAGUCCCAAGCAAUUCUGUGUCGAAUCACAGUGUUUGCCAACCCCGACGCGCAGGUGGUGGACCGACCCGCCCAGAGCGGUUCAGUCAUUUCUGGAGGAAGACUUAAGUGUGUGUCACCAGCAAGAACCUUUAAAAAAAAAAGUUCCAUCCGAAGCCCGAGGAACAAUGAGUACCAUGGCAACAGAGAUUGUUGGUUUUUUUCUGACUGUCUCGGGGUGGAUCCUGGUGUCAUCCACACUUCCUGCUGACUACUGGAAGGUGUCCUCAGUGGACGGGACGGUCAUUACUACGGCUACCUUCUGGUCCAACCUAUGGAAAACAUGCGUGACCGAUUCCACAGGCGUGUCCAACUGCAAGGAUUUUCCCUCCAUGCUGGCUCUGGACGCUUACAUUCAAGUAUGUCGGGGCUUGAUGAUUGCGGCCGUGUUUCUGGGCUUCCUCGGGGCCACACUUGCCCUGCUUGGAAUGAAGUGCACAAGAGUAGGAGGCUCAGAGACCACCAAAGCUCGCCUGGCGGUCUUUGCAGGAUUCCAGUUUAUCCUCUGUGGCCUGUGCUGUGCGACUGCCUGCUCCAUUUAUGCUCACAGGAUAACCACAGACUUCUUUGACCCACUUUUUGUUGCUCAGAAUUGUUUGAUGUCUGUAACAGGUUUGAACUGGGAGCAGCGCUGUUCAUCGGCUGGGCCGGAUCUGUUCUAUGCAUCUUGGGAGGUUCCAUUUUCUGUCUCUCCCUGUCAACGGGCUCAAGCUUCAGGCAAGUUCACUGGUAACAAUAAACUCCAUUCGGGAACACAUUCACCUCUAAAUCUUGCUUUUACACCAUUUUUUUUCUCAAUGGUGAUUCGUCGCCAUUGGCUCAUAGUUCUGAGGUUCAGGAAUCAAUCCCAGACCCGGAUGCAGGGAACUUUCAUGUUCUCCCCGUGCCUGUGUGGGUUUUUGCCGAGUACUCUGGUUUCCUCCCACAUCUCCAAAACGUGCAACAUUAAUUUGAAACGCUUAAUCACCCCGAGGUGUGAUUGUGAGUACGACUGUUGUCUCUCGAUGUGCCCUGCGAUUGGCUGGCAACCAGUUCACACACAUCCAUCCAUUUUCUGAAGUAAAUAUGUCCAUAAAGGGUGUCCCAAAAAAUGUAUUAACACUUUAAAACCGCACUCACAAUCACACCUAGGGGCAAUUUAGUGUCCAAUUAAUGUUGCAUGUUUUUGGGAUGUGGGAGGAAACCGGAGUGCCCGGAGAAAACCCACACAGGCACGGGAAGACCAUGCAAACUCCAGACAGGGAGGGCCGGGAUUGAACCGCGCCACCCAAUUUGUUCUCAUCAGGAAAAAUGGUACAGUAAUACGGAUGAAUGGGUGGCUGGCGACCAGUUUUUUUCUGUUUGUCUCUGUUUGCAGAGUCCAUCACAAACACGGCGAGCGCAGCAAGACUGCGAGCAGCCUCCAAAGAGAGCUUCUGGAGCCACCCAGGCAGUUUGGAAGAAACGCCUACGUGUGAAAUCGCUUGUCAACAUAAGAUCGUGCGUGCAUGUGUGUGAAC